AUGAAAAAAGAGCGAGAUUUCGCUUGGGCCGUGAAGUAUCAUGAUCUAAUGGACCAUGAUCUAAUGGAUCAUGAUUUGAUGGACCAUGAUGAUAUGAUGAAAAUGAUCAGGGUCAGCAUCAUUGAAACAGAGAAAAAAAGAGUUGUUAUUGCGCAAGAUAUUCAAGCGGUAGAAGGAAAAAGCGUCAGUUUACCGUGCGAUGUCAUUCCGCCUGGUCAUGAUAAAGUGUACAUGGUCUUUUGGUUCCAGUACGGCUCUGGAUUUCCAAUAUACAGGUGA